GCCCGCUCUGCUCCCUCUUAGGAUGAAGGUGGCUGUGGGCCCAGACCCUUCCCUGGUCUAUAGGCCUGAGGUGGACCCAGAGGCAGCCAAGGACAAGGGCAGCUUCCGGAACUACACCUCCGGCCCGCUCCUGGACCGUGUCUUCACCACCUACAAGCUCAUGCACACGCACCAGACGGUGGGCUUCGUCAGGAGGAAGCACGCCCAGUUCCAGAGCUUCUCCUACAAGAAAAUGACUGUCUUGGAGGCUGUGGACAUGCUGGACGAGCUGGUAGACGAGUCGGACCCCGAUGUGGACUUCCCCAACUCCUUCCAUGCCUUCCAGACGGCUGAGGGCAUUCGGAAGGCCCAUCCUGACAAGGACUGGUUCCACCUCGUAGGGCUCCUGCACGACCUGGGGAAGGUCUUGGCUCUAGCGGGGGAGCCCCAGUGGGCGGUUGUUGGAGACACCUUCCCGGUGGGCUGCCGCCCCCAGGCCUCUGUGGUGUUCUGUGACUCCACCUUCCAGGACAACCCUGACCUCCAGGAUCCUCGAUACAGCACAGAGUUCGGCAUGUACCAGCCACACUGUGGGCUUGAGAAUGUCCUCAUGUCCUGGGGCCAUGAUGAGUACAUGUACCAGAUGAUGAAGUUCAACAACUUCUCCCUGCCCCCAGAGGCCUUUUACAUGAUCCGGUUUCACUCCUUCUACCCUUGGCACACCGGCGGCGACUACCGGCAGCUGUGCAGUGAGCAGGACCUGGCCAUGCUGCCCUGGGUGCGGGAAUUCAACAAGUUUGACCUGUACACCAAGUGUCCCGACCUGCCGGACGUGGACAAGCUGCGACCCUACUACCAGGGGCUCAUUGACAAGUAUUGUCCUGGGGUCCUGAGCUGGUGACUGGCCUGCCCACCCUGCUCGGCCUGGCUGGGUG